AUGCUGCCCAAACUUGAGGACAGAACCCACCGUCGUGACCGGGCCCAAGAAGCAGCGAGACUUCUUCUGCUUAACACUCUCAAGAUGGAACCUAACGUACAUGACAUUUUCUUCCAUGACACCAAGGCCAACCCAUUUUUUAAAGACGUCGACAGGGGCAUCUUUCCAUUGUCUGGUUUGGCCACAGCUCUGGUUGCUGAAGUCUUGUGUAAAUCCAAAGAUGAAUUCCGUUUUUGCUCAACCAUUAAAAAGACCGAACUCUUCAAGUAUUUGUCUGAUUCUUAUUCUGGAAUCGCUUGGAAAAAACUUGGUUUUAGUUUGUAUUCAAUCGUCUACCCACAAGUUGUGAAACACGAAUCGCUUGGUGUGUGCUUCAAGGAUUUCAUGGAUAAUAAUGGGAAGAAAUGGGCAUCUCGCCUAUUUGAACUGAUUACAGAACCCGAGUGGACGCGUACCAUUAUGAAGCGGAUAAUUACAGGAAAAUGCACUGAGGAACAAUACAACCAAGAAAUGAAUGACAUUUUUGUCAAGCUGCAUCUUUUAGAUCCACAGAAAGUUCUUCCGACCUACCAUUAUCUUCUCCAACAAAAAGCUCUUCCACAAGUCAACCUGGAAUUGGUAACUCGCAACUAUUUAGGUAGUCCAUUGGAUUGGCUCUUGAUCAAAGAUGAUGUGAUCCGGGCGAUCAACAAACCUUCGUCUUUUAAUUCGUCCCGUCUCAGCCUCGACUUAAAUGACAUCUUCUACGGCGUCACUGUUGAUGAGUUUGUCGUCACCGAAUGCCGCAAUAUUGGAGUGUGGAAUGGGAAAAGACCACAAAAUCGGAAAAUGACGCACCUGAAAGAUCGCUGCAAACUUAUGUAG